AGCAGCCCUCCCGCCUCUUCCCUCAGUGCGCGCUCGGGCCCACAGCAGCGACCGCGCCGCGGCCAUGAGUGAGGCAGAAGUGAAUCCCAAAGCUUACCCGCUGGCUGAUGCACAGCUCACCAAAACACUGCUGGAUCUUGUGCAGCAAUCCUGCAACUAUAAGCAGCUACGCAAGGGAGCCAAUGAAGCCACCAAAACACUGAACAGAGGGAUAGCAGAGUUCAUUGUGAUGGCAGCAGAUGCAGAGCCCUUGGAGAUCAUCCUGCACCUCCCUCUUCUCUGUGAGGACAAGAACGUACCUUACGUGUUUGUGCGCUCCAAGCAAGCCCUGGGCCGGGCAUGCGGUGUUUCCCGGCCUGUCAUCGCCUGCUCCAUCACCAUCAAGGAGGGAUCACAGCUAAAGCCUCAGAUCCAGUCUGUACAGCAAGCUAUAGAAAGACUUUUGGUCUAAGUGCCCAUGGGUGUGUGUGUGUGUGUGAAAUAGGAAAGUGCAAAUUAGGGGAAAUUAAUGUUUAGCUUCAGUUGAGAUGAUAGUUUUGAUAUCAGUGUUUCAUUUCAAAAUGCCACAUUUUUGUUUAAUAAUGGCUUAAUUCUUAGUGUUUCUGCCUCCUAUUCCCCCACUUUUCUAUUAUUCCACUCCAACAUAUUCAUUCUCAUUGUAUUACUUCUUGAAAAAUGACUGUGCAACUGUGUUUCCUGUUUUAUGUUUAAAAGAAAAAAAAGUUCCCCCUUUGUCUUCCUGUCUGCCUGCUCAGGGUUUUCUUAACCCACCUGUCAGCUUUCUCUGUGCUGCAGCAUUCCUGCUACGUUUCAGCAGGUGUGAGUAACUGAGUUUCUGAACGGUUUAGGCUUUUGAGGAAAAGGUUCCCUGUGUUCAGGCUGCUGGAGUCACUAAGUGAUGGAGCAGCACAGGCAGGUAUAAGGCAGGCAGCAGCCAUCAUGUAGCAGCAGAUGGAGCCAAAAUCAGCGCACACAGCACAGCCGUUCUUGAAACAAGACAAGAGACUUCUGUAAGAGAUGCACGGGGAGCAGAAAUUUUAUGGCAGUACAUAAGGGGAACUCUCUUAACUUGAUUAUUUUUAAAUACUGACUUUUUAAGAAAAAAUAAAAACGCUGCAAAGCCAAAUAGAAUUGUCAUUCCCUUGGUGAAGUAUUUGCAACUAACUGGAGUGUUUCUGCUUGUAAAGCUAAACUGCUCACAGGUUGCCUAAAGGGUAUUGCAGUGCAGUAAUUUGUACUCCUUCAGUUUUCUUUGCAUGGACUGUUACCACAGAGGUUGGGCUUCCUAGGAAGUACAAAAGAGAUGGCAGAGAGCAGCCUGUUGUAGCUGAUGACUACCAUACUCUGGCUGUUAAUAUAAAAAGUGCCAUGCUUUUUAGCUGCUGUGCUCUAGUCACCUGACUGAAGAUGAACCUUUUUAAGUCAUGGCCAAGGAAACAGAGUACAAGUCAUUUUUCAGAUAAAUUAAUAUGUGUCUCAAGAAAAGAAUGCUGUUAUCAUCUCAUGUCCUGGAAAAGCAGCAUGGAGCACCAACAGCAGUCUGGAUUAGUGGUGGUUUUAUGGACCUAGUUUUAGUUAAAUGCAUAUUGUAUAAAAAAAUCCACUUCUGCUCUGAUCAGAAAAGUUUAAA